AUGAAUUCAUCUACCACGAUCUCGGAGCUGAGAGCGCAGUGGUCGAGUCCUGUCGACACAUCCAGCAUCCUCCUCGUCAUCGGUGGGGACGUGGUGCAGCAGGCCUUCGCGCAGGGAACAGGAAAGUUCUAUACGCCGGUGUGCUUCUCAUUCGGUUGCGUCGCCUAUGCCUUCAUCGCCCUGGUCAACGUUAUCGGCGAUGGCAGACUCCUGCCAAAGCCAGAUUAUCCGGUCAAAGUCAUCAACCUGGACUCUGGAUACGCCCGCGAGAACAAGAACUGGGUCGUGGGCCGGAUGUUGCGUGAUAUCGAAUCGACGCUGGCGCGUGACACCCCUCUCGACGAUGAUGGUAUCCGAAUUACCGUCCACGAGGCUCUGUGGAAUUCAAACAGAUACACGCAGUUCUCAUGGAGAUGGUCUCAUCUCAUUGGGCUCACCUGUACACUGGUUCAAAUCGCACUGGCUGCUCUCCCAUACGGGCUCUAUGGAGAAUGGAGCAUUCUGCUCAUCACCCUGGCCGGCACGGUCUUGGUCCAGGUGACUGGACUGCUCCCGCAGUGGAAAGCGGAAAAGCUGCCAAAUAGACAGAGAUCAAACGCGGUCUAUGCGCUUACCUCUGGUAACGGAUCUAGAGAUAUCGUCGUCAUCAUCGGCAGGGGGAACUGCCUCGACCUCGAAGAGCUCUCUGCAUCGCAGUCUCCGCGGAUAGGUCGCCCAUGGGAAAAGUUCAGAUGGCUUGCGGUCCCCAAGGUUGGACCUGACAAGAAGCCUCUGCCGAUGAGGCGAGAUACGAUGCAGAUGAAAUCCCGAACUUCGGCCGGUUUUCCCAUCGGCUUUUGGAUCACCAGUAUCGUUUCAGUCAUUCUGUCCAUCCUUUGGCUACUGCUGUUGGUCAAUGUCGCCGCGCCCAAGAACCAUACCUGGUUUCUGCUGGCUGUCGGAGGGAUUGGCAUGUUUCAGAAUGCCUGGCUGGCCGCCAAAGAGACGUCGCCUAGGCUACGGAACAUGCCGAUGAAACGCAUCGACACGAUCAAGACACGGAAAGUGAUGGACGGUCUGAUGGACUUUGAGGCUACGUAUCAACGCGGUACCCCGCUGCUCAAAGAGUUCUUCCCCGGACGACUGCGUGACGAAGAGAAGAAAUGGUGGGCGGGCGACACUGAAGAGUAUGAGAAGAAGCGGGAACAGGAUAGGAAAAUGAGGGGCAUUUCUCGCCGACGGGAGCCCGUCUUUGCUCCCUCGCCUGUCCUUCUAGAAUGGCGGCCAUCUCAUCCUUCCCGGGACUAUGACGAUGAUUCUGAGUACGCGUCUCCAGUGAAGGAAAAGAGAACAUACGAGCCGCGGAACUCGCCAGUUUUUGAGGAAGACCAAGAUCCAUCUCCCUAUCAAAGUGAAUAUGGUCUCGAGAGCCGAGCGAAGCCUGCUGCUUUGUCCACAGCUCGAACGUCGGAAAUCCGGGCAAGUGCUCGGGCUUCUGAUCCAGGGCUGAGAAGCUCGAUCUAUCGCCAGACUUUGACUGAAGUUGGGCAAGAGGAUAGCACGAGUGACUCCCGGCACCUGGACCUACAAUACAGCCCGCGGAGCAUAACCCAGGUGCGGUCAGAAUCCCCUUCGAUACGAAGUCUCAAUAUCGCUAGAAGAGCCACAGAGACGCCAGGAUGGGCAAUGUGA